AUGGAUUACUACUCCAAUCUCUCUGGGACCUUCGACUCCACUCCAACGCUGUUCGAGAUAAUAUCCUCAAAUGAGCUUCAGGAUCUCUUAUCACCCUCACUACGAUAUGUGUUGAUUUAUUACACGCAUAGGUACCCUCACUUAUUGCUGAAAUUCACCAACAGAUUUGACGAGCUGAACCUGCUGUUGAGGGGCCUCAUAGAGUACAGGUUUCUGAAGAAAUGGAACUCCACCUUUACAGAAAAAUUCUAUGGCUUGAAGAGACAAAACUCUAAUGGAAUCAAGCUGUCAUUUGAUCCAGGUCAAAGGCUCACCAAGAAACAAAUAUAUGCCUCCUGGAUCGAACUGAUGCUUGCGCCGUACCUCAAAGAAAAGCUGGAUGUUCUCCACGAAUACCUGUAUCCCCAGGCCCUCAUGAGCAGAAUCAAGAAUGAUAGUUGGCAGAACUGGUUGAGAUUGAAAUUUAUCAAACUAUAUCCGAUUGUCAAGGCUGCGGUAAAGCUGGUCAACCUGGUGCUCCAAUUGCUGUAUCUUAGCGGAGAUGUCAAGUCGCCCAGUUUGAUCAUGUGGCUAUUGAAGAUCAACUAUUCAAGGUUCAACUCUUUGGACUAUGAAAGGGCAGAGUCCGGAUCAGACUCGGGAAAGCUCAGCUCUCCCUCGCACAGGAUCAGGCCUGUCACUUUGAACGAGUCCCUCUACAAUUUCACUGCGCGUUCUUCAACGACUUUGCGCAGAUCACUCAUGAUGGCAGGAAACUCAAUAUUCCCAGCAAUGAUAUUUUCACUGAAGAUCAUGGAAUGGUGGAACAGCUCGGAUUUUGCAAAGCUGCUGCAGAAUGAUCAAAAUCUCAUGGGCUUGAAGUUGGCACCGCCAAUGCUCAACACUGAGUACAGAACGACCGAGAAGGAGUGUCCUCUGUGUAAGAAGGAGCUUACCAACCCGUCAAUUAUCGAAACAGGCUACGUUUUUUGUCACUCUUGCAUAUUUCCAUACCUACAGGAACAUGGUAAAUGUCCAAUUACCGAGAAGCACUUGCACGGUUGCAAAUGGAACGAAUCUUCAAAGAACUGGGAUGUCCUGGGAGUUAGGAAAUUGAUAUUAUGA